AUGGCCGAUAAGAAACCUUCAGUCCUGAUUAUCGGUGGUCUUGGAUUCAUCGGCCGGCACUUGGCGCGCUAUAUCCAUGAGAACAAGCUUGCGUCUGAGGUUCGUUUGGUCGAUAAAGUCCUUCCAGAGCUGGCUUGGUUAGCCCCCGAAUUCAAGGAGGCUUGUUCCAAAGACAAGUUCGUCCAGGCCGAUGCCAGUCGUGAACAACACCUCCCGCGCAUUUUCGAUCGAGCUAAUGGCGAACAAUUCGACUACGUGAUCAACUGUGGCGGAGAAACCCGUCAUUCCCAACCCGAUGAUGUCUACGAAGUACGAAGCUGUGGUCUCAGUAUCACUCUCGGCAAGGAGUGUGCCCGUCGUGGUAUCAGCGCAUACGUCGAGACUUCCACCGCACACGUUUACAAGAGUGGAUCCUCUCCGCGCAAGGAGACCGACAAGAUGCAACCGUGGCACAAGCUAGCCAAGUGGAAAUUGAAGGCCGCUGAGGAACUGCUCAAGAUCCCUGAUUUGCAGUACUGCGCUCUACGCUUGCCCCAUGUCUACGGUGAAUACAACCCUGGUUACUUCGCCAUGGCGAUCUGUUUGGCUCGCGUGCACCUGGAAUUGGGUCAGGAUCUCGAAUUGCUCUACACAAAGGAUGUCAAGGUCAACACACUGCAUGUCAAGGACGCUGCCAGUGCCCUUUGGCGUGCUGCGGAGUGGCGUGCCAGCCUGGGUAAGCUCGACAGGACUGACCCGACCAUCCCGGAGCUGUUCAAGGACCCCGACAUGCCGGUCGCCUUUAAUGUCGUUGAUCACAAUGAUACACAGCAGCAACACGUGGCCAACGCUCUGGCUGAAGUGUUUAACCUUAAGGUCUCGUUCCUUGGUUCGCUCGCCUCUCAAUUAGCAAAGAUGAAGCUGGAUGAUGUGGUCGAUGAUAUGAACGAGGUCAGUCUGCAAGAAUGGGCGGAUCUAGUUGAAAAGAGCAACAUCGUUCGACCUGGUCCUAUCGGACCUUUCCUUGAGCGUGAUGUUCUCAAGGACCAGGAUAUGUCGAUUGAUGGCUCGUACUUCGAGAAGACAACGGGUUGGAAGCCGGACCAUGAAAAGUUUGAUGCCGACAGUAUCCGCGAAAUGGUGGACAGCUAUAAACGCAUGGGCUGGUGGCCAUGA